AUGACGAAAUAUAAAAUUUAUUCACCAUUGCAACUAGAGUCUAUGUCUAUCUAUGAAUCUAUCUAUAGAUACAUACAAACACCAACUCCUCUCCGCUUCAUAUAAAGCAGCUGCAGCUGCCUCGCUGCUCGCCAUCUCACUCGCUCCCACCACCGUCGUCUCUUGGCUGGCUAACCCAUCAGUCCAUCAGCACAAAAUAAUACCAUCCAUCCAUCCAUGGAUGAAGAAGUGUGGUGCGGCCUCGACCUGCAGCUGCAGGCGGGCGACAUCGUCGACGGCGGCCUCCACACUGCAACUGACCUCCAUAAUGGCCAUGACGACGACGACCCCUUCUGGCCAGCUCUAGCAGAGUGCGCUGCUACCUUCCUCGCCGGCGGCGACGACGACACCGCCGCCUGCUUCGACCUCACGGCGCCGGCCUCCGCCUCCGCCUCCGCCAGCAAGGCCAUGGACACGAGCGGCUUCUUCGCCGACAACGACCGCGGCGACCAGCAGCACCGUCUCACGACGACGACGCGCCAAGACGAGCUGCAGCAGCCAGUGUACUCGUCGUCGUCGCUCUCCUCCAAGCGCUCCCUCUCUAUCGACAGCGGGGGGUCCUCCUCCGCCACCUUCUUCACACUCGACGACGCCGUCUUGCCCGCCGCCGCCAUCUUCUCGCCGCCGCCGCCUGCGCAGCGCCUGCAGGACCCGUUCGUUGGGGACGACGACGAGGCCAUCAUGCUGGCCAUGAUGGCCGUCCUCUCCUCCGCGUCGCCCUCCUCCUCCGAGUCCUCGUCGCCGCCGCACAGAGCCGCCGCCGCCUCCGCCGUGCAGCCGCGCCUGCACCUACACGGCGGCGGGGACGACAGCGCCAGCCACGUCACCGUCAGGAGCAGCAGCCUCGCCGCCGCCGUGGUGCCGGAGAGGACCACCAGCGCCGCCGCACGGCAGCUGCAGCCGGACACCAACAGCAGCAGCCAGGUGUACCACAUGAUGUCCGAGAGGAAGAGGCGGGAGAAGCUCAACGACAGCUUCCACACGCUCAGGUCGCUCCUCCCACCCUGUUCCAAGAAGGACAAGACGACGGUGCUGAUGAACGCGGCGAGCUACCUGAAGACGCUGGAGGCGCAGGUGUCGGAGCUGGAGGAGAAGAACACGAAGCUGGAGAGGUACGUCCCCCGCGACGACGGCGGGGUUGGAACCACGGCGGCGCACCGGAGAGCCAAAGUUCAUAUCGCCAGGGCGGCGUCGGACCAGCAGCAGGUGAGCCUGACGGUGAUGGUGAUGGUGGAGUGCGACAUCGUGGACCUGGUGCUGCACGUCCUGGAGCGCCUCCGCUGGAUGGCCGGCGUCAGCGUGCUGUCCGUCGACGCCGACACCUACUCGCCGCAGGCGCUGCUCAAGGCGCUCGCCAGCAUCAAGCUGCACAUCAUGGACGCCGACUGCUGGAACGAGGCGCUGUUCCACGAGGCCAUGACCAAGGCCGUCCACGACGCGACCUCGUCGUCUUCCUCCUCACCUGCCUCCUGCGCCGCCGUGGCCCCCCUCGUGGCCGCAGCCUAGCUAGGCAGGAGUCGCCGUUCGUGGGCAGUCAUCGUCGUCGUCGACCAUUGAAGCGGUAAAACGUACCGGCGCCCGGUGACGGACCUGGAAGAGACGACGAGCCGGGAUCGCACGGGGGAUUAGAGGAGUUUUAGCUAGUAGUAAUAUUUUGUGGUUAGCAAGUAAGAAACCCGCUGUGUUGCUGUAAUGUGACCACAUAGAUGAGGUUGCAGAUUAUGGAACUCUGUGGUUUUAGGUUGUGUGAUACCGUGUGCCUAGCUAUAUAGUGUGGGCAGCAGCAUGCAUGUUGGCACUCUGUACCAAGUUGGUGGAGGAAUUUUGUACAUAGGAAAUCAAACAAGACAAAUACAAUUGAGCAAGGCCUAAAAGAGCUUUGUGGCAA